GAGCCAAGGAGCCGGCCAGCUUGGCUCGCGGGUCGUGGUGUUCUAUGGUAGCAUUCAACCAUUCAACUGCCGGCUCGCCGUAUGUAUUCGUCAAAAAGCAGAAUAUGCAGUUUUUCUUCGAUCUAGAGAACACCGUGUUAUGAACGCGUGAACUGUGAUUGUGGGCAUGAUUCGUAAGUGAAGAAUCGAUGCGCUGUUCAAGCUUAUGACCCGAUGUGGAACUGUCUCUCGCUUUUUCGACAGCACUGCGACGUUGUGCCAUUUGGAAAACUCUUGCUGACCGUGCAACAUUGCUCUUUCGAUAUGUGCGUGAACAUUGCGUGCUAAAAGAUCGUCCAAGCAGACAUAUUUGCUUCUUGGAAUACCUUGCGGAAAUAGACUGUGGGCGUGUUACGAUGGAAGACAUUGUCAAGUCACCGAACGAUGCUAGGCAGUACAGGGUGAUUACGCUGGAAAAUGGUCUCACCGCGCUGCUGGUGUCCGAUCACAAGUCGCAUCCACUGUCUCCGUUGUCCUGUUCCUCGUCUAGACAUUCUUCUUCGUCACGGCAGUCCAUGUCGUCACCUGCUAGCUCAAAGAAAGGAAGCCACGACUGCCUUGCUGGAGCAGAAGAACUACCGGAAGUGAAUUUUGGUGAGGAAACACAUGUGUCCUCGCUUCCGAAGAUCAGCAUUGCAUCUUCUAUAGCAAACUACCUCAGCUCUGCCAAAUGCGAAGAUGUUCCACGCUCGAAAAGUCCGCAGGAGGAGCACCUCGAGACAAACACCGAACUUGCCUCUGGGUCCUCGAGCCGACCUCAGUCGAUGGAUCGACCGUUUUCAGACGGCACUUGUGAGGAGAGCAUGAGUGAGGACGAUAUAAGUGUCCAUGGUGGAAGCGAGAGUGAACCUGAAAGUGAUAUCGAGACAGGACACCAUUCCCGUGCGGAUAGCAAGCAGCACGGCAACGUGAGGAAAGAAAAAAUGGCAGCGGCCGCCCUCUGCGUUGGCGUUGGAAGCUUCCAUGAACCGGAGCAUCUGCAAGGGCUUGCACACUUUCUUGAGCACAUGGUCUUCAUGGGCAGUGACAAGUACCCACGUGAGAAUUUCUUCGAUGCUUUUCUGAACAAGCAUGGAGGUAGCGACAAUGCUUACACCGAAUGUGAGAGAACAGUUUACAAGAUGGAAGUGCACCAGAAGCAUUUGCACCGAGCUAUGGACAUAUUUGCCAAUUUUUUUGUCUCACCGCUUAUGAGGAAGGAGAGCAUGGAAAGAGAGUUGGAAGCCAUUGACAAUGAAUUUCAGCUGGUGCUUCCUUCCGAUUCCUGUCGUCUUCAGCAGUUACUUGGUAGCGUUGCCCGCGAAAAACACCCUAUGAGGAAGUUCAUGUGGGGCAACACAGCUUCCUUGAAGAAACUGCCAGAGAAGGAUGGCAUAGAUGUCCACGCUGCAUUGCGCACAUUCUUUGAACAGCAUUACAGCCCAGCACUUAUGACCCUUGCUGUGCAAUCAAGGCAUUCCCUGGAUGAGCUGGAACGCAUGGUCAGAGAGAUAUUUUCUGCAAUUCCAGUACGUAAACCUAUGCCUGAACUCUCAAGCCUUCUCUCUUGUGAGCCAUUCCCAUUGGAGCAGUUUGCCAAGCUGUAUAAGGUGCAGCCUGUUAAGAAAGUGAACAAUGUCUCACUCACUUGGGCAUUGCCAUCCCUGCUUCAUGAGUAUAGAACAAAGCCUCUGGAAUACAUUUCUUACGUUGUGGGGCAUGAAGGAAAUGGUAGCAUUCUGGCCUAUCUGAGGGACAGAUCCUGGGCCCUUGGCCUUGUUGCAGGAAAUGAGGGAACUGGAUUUCAUCAUAACACCAUUUGCUCCUUGUUUAACAUCACAAUCUCCUUGACUGAAGAAGGGCUCAAAAAUGUUGAGGAGGUGAUCACAGCUGUCUUUUCCUUCUUAGCUAUGGUGAAGAAAACAGGCCCUGUCAAGAGUAUCUUUGAUGAAAUCCAAUUAGUUGCUGACAACAACUUUCGCUGGUGUGAAGAGGAAAGUCCAUUGGACUACGUUGAACGACUUUGUGCUAACAUGCAGCUCUACCCACCAAAGCACUAUCUAGAUGGUGAAACGUGCCUGUUUGAGUAUGACCCUGCCUUAAUUCAAAAGUGCCUGGACCAACUUAUCCCCUGCAAGGCCAACAUCAUGAUCAUCUCCUGCCGCUACCAAAAACAAGGCAUCUGCACCAAGAAAGAGCCAUACCUUGAGACACCGUACUGCACCCAGGAAGUUCCGCUAGAGUGGCUUUCAGCAUGGUCCAACCUUGUACCUGAUCCAUAUUUUGAGAUCCCUCAACGAAACAAGUACAUUGCCUCUGACUUCACCUUGAAGGAAGAGAAUGAGCACCAAUCAGAACUGCCGGUCAAGCUACAUGAAGAUCGGCGAUUUCGCCUGUGGUACAAGAAGGACACGAAAUUCAAUGUGCCUAAAGCUUGUGUGUACUUUCAGCUGAUAUCACCUGUCAUGUAUGUGUCUGCUGAAAAUGCUGUCCUUAUGGACAUCCUUUGUGACACUUUGCUCCAGAACAUGAGUCAGGAAACUAAUGCUGCUGUGUGUGCAUCCCUUGACUUCACAAUAUCAGUGAAUGAGAAUGGUCUCAUUAUAAGAGUUGUGGGCUUCAAUGAGAAAGUGCCAGUGCUCUUUGAUGUUAUUUUGCACCAUCUAGCUGCCUUUGAAGUGAAGCAACAGCUCUUUGAAAACCUCAAAAAGCAUCUGCACAAGCGUUACUACAAUUUGUUCAUGAAGCCAUCGCACCUCUGCACAGACACUCGUUUCUCUGUUCUUCAGCAGUGCCACUGGUCAAACAUAGAGAAGCGAAUGAUCAUCAAGGAUGUUACUGUGUCUUCGCUGCUCAGUUUUGUGGAGCAGUUCAGGAAACAGCUUUUUGUUGAAGGCCUUGCUCAUGGAAACUUUACGGCUUCUGAAGCCAUUGCCCUGGCUGAACUUGUUGUGAAAAAACUUAAUUGUACCCCUCUUCCCGCAUGCAUGAUCCCAGAGUCUAGAGUGAUGCAAGUUCCACUUGGCAGUCAUUAUUGCAGAGUUGCCUCCUUUAACAUUGCAGACCACAAUUCGAUGAUUGUGAACUACUACCAACUUGGGCCUGGUACUGUUAAGCAGCAUACACUUGCAGAGCUUAUGAUUGAUUUCAUGGAGGAACCUUGCUUUGACAUCCUGAGAACCAAGUCACAGCUUGGAUACGAUGUUAACUGUUCGAACAGGAAUACUAAUGGUAUUGUUGGAUUCACAGUUGGUGUGUGCUGCUCUGCUGAGAAGUUUACUUGCUCAUAUGUCGAUGAACAAAUUGAGCUCUUCCUCUCUAUGUUUGCAAAAAAAAUUGCUGAGCUCACCCAAGAAGAGUUUGCUACGCAAGUUUCAUCACUAGUGAAACAGAAAAGCUGUUCUGACCUGUACCUUCAAGAAGAAUCUGACAGAUACUGGGGAGAGAUAGUUUCCUUUGACUACCUGUUUGAUCGUCUACAGCGAGAAAUUGACUUCCUGAAAGCGUUGACAUUGGAGGAAUUCAAAGAAUGCUGCAAACUGUUCCUCCCUUUCAAGCACCCUGGAGAGCCACAUCGGCGAAAACUCUCAAUUCAAAUUGUUGGCUACGGAGAGGCAGCUAUUGCAGAGUCCAAGCCUAUUGGAUAUCCACCCUCUCAAACUCCAGCGUCCACCACUGGUGACAUCCACAACACCUCUGCUGAGGGCAAAACACUUUCCUACCAACGAUGCAUUGAGCACAUGCACAAUGUGCACCCCUGGAAGCACCCCAAGCGCCCUCGGGAUCAGAACAGCACUGAAGAAAUCAGCAGUGAAGAUUUGACCUAUGCUUUGCAGUUCCUUGAGUCAGUGGUCGAAAAACAAGAAUCGGUGUAUGUAAAUGACAUAACAGUCUUCAAACAAGGGCUACCUGCGUACCCUGUUUGUAGGGUUAGGUCCUGAAGCUCACUUGCUACACACCACUUGGCCUGCCACUUGCACAGUUCUGUACUGCAAGUGUUGCUUAAUGUGUGGAAGUAUUGCCUUAAAAUGUCAACCAUGCAAUGCUCCAAACUUCGUUUCUUGCAUUAAUGUAUGCCUGCCAGUGCAGUUAUUUUUAAAUAAAAGCUUUGAACUUUCUAAACCAUG